CCACUCAGUAUCCCCAUAGCUGUCUUACCGUGUGUAACGCUGAAGUCGAUCUACCAUUCUCGCUCCUCAUUCUCCCUUCACUUCAUUUCUCUCAUUAAUUUUUAUCGCACAGCCUAAACUCAGAAACCAGGAUGGCGGUCAUUUUCCAGUCCAUGUCUCCGUCGUUGACCAGCAUGCAGCCAAUCACCCAGCCAUGCCUCCCGCGGAAAAACGCUGGCUCAGAUGACCUUAGCUCGUUCGAGCAACGGCUUCACUCGUGCCACCGGCUUGCAACAAGAACUAGUACUGACACCACACUCUUAGAAAACGCAGCCGGAUUCUCAGUCGUCGAGUCAACUGGUUUUGGGUGUAGUAGUCCUGCGGAAAGCGCAGCUGUACAAAGAGCCUUAGCUGACGUCAGCGCGGGAUUAGUGGCUGGUCAGGUUCCUGAGCUAACCCCUGAUGGUUCUGGCGGUACUUAUAUGCUUCGCGAUGCGAUCGGCGAGUCACGCAUUGCGGUUUUUAAGCCCAUGGAUGAGGAGCCACUAGCUUGGAACUGCCCUCGCGGGAUGUCGCCGAGCGAAACGGGCGAAGGAUUGAAGCGUGGAACUCGCGUUGGCGAAGGCGCGUUUCGCGAAGUUGCGGCAUACAUUCUGGACCACCCUCUUCGCGAAGGCGAUGCAGAGGGUUUCGCAGGAGUGCCGCGAACCGCAUUGGUUACCUGCGAUUCGAAAUUCUUCCCCACUUCAUUGGGAUCUCCGGUUUCGAUCUUGGGCGGCCUGGCUACUGCUGAGUUCAAUUCACGAAAGGUUGGAUCGCUGCAGCAAUUCGUCCCCGCUAUAAGCAACUGCGAGGAUAUGGGCCCGUCUCGGUUCGCUGCUUCGGAGGUUCACAAAAUUGCGACCCUAGAUAUGCGGCUGGCGAACACGGAUAGAAACGGAGCCAACAUUCUGGUGAAAAGCAACGGCUCGGAUUUGAAGCUGGUUCCGAUCGACCACGGAUACUGUCUUCCGGAAUCGCUGGAAGAAUGUACAUUCGAGUGGCUCUACUGGCCUCAAGCGAAGCAGCCGCUAAGCGAGGAAGCUCGGGAUUACGUCGCGAAACUCGACGCCGAAGCUGACCUGGCGCUUUUAGAAGCGGCUGGGUGGGCCGUCAACGAAGCAUGCGCACGCGUCAUUCGCGCAUCUACGCGUCUGCUGAAAAAAGGGGUGGCUGCGGGUCGAACCGUUUUCGAGAUUGGCUCCAUGAUGGUUCGCGAUGAUCCCGACGUCCCGUCCUCGUUAGAAGACAUGCUGGCAAGUGCGGAAGAGAAGGCGCUAAGCGGAGCAGCAGAGGGGGGUGUGAUUACCUGUCUGGGCGAAAUUCUUGACCUCUACUUGAAGUCUACAGAAGGCCAAUCAGAGUGAAAGGGUGGCUACAGCCACAACGCUUUGCUGCCCACACCGUCUCUAUACAGGAGCAGGCCGUAAAGAUGGCCAUGCCUUGCUUUUAGUCCCAAUGGGCUAUGUCCAUACUACUCAUCCAUGGUUUGAUACUGACCAGCCGAAGGGGACCAGCUUAAGGCUCCACUCCAGACUCCUUACUGUUGAAGUAUACUUACUAGCUUCUACUGGUAGGCUGCCAUAACCUAUUGCUGGCAACUGUUAUUGCUGGGUUGCUGAGUUUCAGUUGUUUGGGAUAAGCAGCUCCCCUGUACCUCAAUGUGGCAACCAUAAUAUGACAGUUU